AUGUCUUCCAACCGAACGACCUUCUCAUCAUCCUCGAGCUUCAGCUUUUCCAGCUCAAGUUCCAACAGCAACGGCCAAACCAGUGGCCAACGCUCCAUGCAACAGACCUACAGCGACAAUUCUGGAACGACUGUCAAAUCAGCCAGUCAGAACAUGGGUCAGCCCGUCGUUCAAGAAACUCGGAGAUACGACCCUCAGGGACGGGAACUUCUCAGCGGCCCCGGUGGCGAUUCAGGCAGUCGGAGGAUUGAGGACGUGAGCGAUGAGGACCAAGCCCGGCGAGACCGCGAGUAUGAGGAGAGGAUUGAGGAGGAGUACGCCAAGCGCGAAGGCGGCGCAUAG